UUAAUAAAUAUAAUUAAAAAAAAAAAAAAAAAUCCAUGAAGAAUGUUUUUUAUUAAUCCAUAUAUUUGCGUUUAACCAUAACACUUGUUGUAAUAUUUGUUCUAUCUUUUCUGGAGGAUAAAACUGAAAUUGUAACCAGCUUUGUAUGGGUUGUUAAAGAAAGGGCGAUACUUUAAACAAAAGUACAUUUUCAAUUAGUCGGAAAUGAGAAGCUGUAAUCUGUUUUGAAGGCAAAAAAGCCAUUUCUGAACAAAGGAUGAGCUUUUCUUAAUAAUCUACUGGAGAACCAUUUUGGGUUUAAGUAUAACUUAUGUAUGAGUGAAGCUUUUAGUGAGAGGUUUAGAGCUUUAAUAUUGAAUCAUUUUAGCCCCUGAAACUCAUAUUCAUUAUAUAAAUAGGCACGUUUAAUUUUGUCUGGUUUAGCAUUCCAAAUAAAAUGAAAUAUUUUUUGCUCAUAUGAUUUUAAAACCGAAUCAUCUGGAGUAAGUAAAUAAGUAAGUAAACUGUUUUUGCUAACUUUCUAUUGAAAUUAAAAAUAAUAAAUUAAUUUUUGAGAUGUGAAUACCAAGUAUGUCUAUUUCACCAUCCGCCCAUUUUAUUGGUAAACUACAAGGUAGUGUAAACUGUAUUUUUAACGAUCCAAUACAUUAUAUGGUACACUUGUCAUAAUUGGGUUUUAAUCCAGAGAGGCUAGAAAAGUGAUCUAGAUCUUCAAUGAGACUGUGCAGGGAUCCAGAUUGUGGACUUAAGAAAAAACUAGAGUCAUCAGCAUACAUUGACACUUUUGUUUUUAUCCCCUAGAUUUCUAACCCCUUGAUGUUCUUGUUGAAUCUAAUUUUAAUAGCUAGCAUUUCAAUGGCCAUAAUAAAUAGAUAUGGAGACAACAGACAGCCUUGUUUUACUCCUCUUAAAAGCUCAAUACUUUCUGAGAAGUAACCAUUGUUUACUAUUUUACAUCUGUGGUUACUGUACAUAACUUUAACCCAUUGAAUAAGAGAUUCACCAAAAGUAUUCCAGGCAUUUAUAUAUAAAUUUUAAUCUUACUUUAUCAAACGCAUUUUCAAAAUCUGCUAUGAAGACCAGACCUGGUAUCUUCAAUGUUUCAUAAUGUUCAAUUGUUUCAAGUAAUUGUCAUAUAUUAUCUCCAAUAUAUCGUCCAUGUAAAAAACAUGUCUGAUCAGGAUGAACAAUAUCUGGUAUAACAUUUCUUAUUCUAAAUGCUGUGCAUUUCGCCAGGAUUUUCGCAUCACAACAUUGAAGUGUUCGAGGCCUCCAGUUUUUUAAAUGGACUGGAUCUUUAUACUUACCACCUGGGUCCUGUUUUAGUAGUAAUGAAAUCAGACCUUAUUGUUGAGUACCUGAAAGUCUACCAUUUUUAUAAGAGUAAUUAAAACAUGCUAAAAUGGAUAUUUGAGUACAUCAAAAGUGGUCUGAUAUACCUAUACUGGUAUACCAUCAAGCCCUGGUGUAUUUCCAGACUGAAAAGAUUUUAUUGCCUCAAAAAGUACCUCUUCUGUAAGUUGGCCUUCACACAGGUCUUUCUGUAAAUGUGUUAAUUUUACAUUAUUAUUACUAUUAUUAUUAGGAAAGAAAUCCUUACAGUUAACAUCAUUCAGUGGAAAUGGAGGAGACUGAAAAAAAACACGCUUAAAAUAUUUUGCUUCCUCUUUCAAAAUAUCAUAAGAUGACACCUUUCCAACAAGUCAGUUCAUCAAAUUUCUGCCCUGCUAGAGCUUCCCAGGUCAACUGUAAGUGCUGUUAUUGUGAAGUGGAAACAUCUAGGAGCGCUGCAAAGUGGUAGACCACACAAGCUCACAGAACGGGACUGCUGAGUGCUGAAACACAUAAAAAUUGUCUGUCCUCGGUUGCAACACUCACUGUCGAGUUCCAAACUGCCUCUGGAAGAAAACUGACUCUGGAAGCAACAAGCUGAGCAGCCACACACAAGCUUAAGUUCACCAAGCACAAUGCCAAGCGUCGGCUGGAGUGGUUUAAAGCUUACUUCCAAUGGACUCUGGAGCAGUGGAAACGCGUUCUCUGAAGUGAUGAAUGACGCCUCACCAUCUGGCAAAUCUGGGUUUGGCAGAUGCCAGGAAUAUGGCCGAAUGCAUAGUGCCAACUGUAAAGUUUGGUGGAGGAGGAAUAACGGUUCCUUGGUGUCCACAUUACCAACAAACUUCUGUGCUUCUUUGUGGCAACAGUUUGGGGAAGGCCCUUUUCUGUUUCAGCAUGACAAUGCCCCCAUGCACAAAGCGACGUUCAUACAGAAAUAGUUUGUCGAGAUCAGUGUGGAAGAACUUGACUGGCCUGCACAGAGCCCUGACCUCAACUCCAUCGAACUCCUUAUGGAUGAAUUGGAACGCCGACUGCGAGCCAGGCCUAAUCACCCAACCUAAGUGCCAGACCUCACUAAGCUCUUGUGGCUGAAUGGAAGCAAGUACCCACAGCAAUGUUCCAACAUCUAGUGGAAAGCCUUCCCAGAAGGGUGGAGGCUGUUAUAGGAGCAAAGGUGGGACCAACUCCAUUUUAAUGCCCAUGAUUUUGGAAUGAGAUGUUCGACGUGUCUACAUACUUUUGGUCAUGUAGUGUAUGACCAUUCUAGUCUAUCAAAAGCUUUUCCUGCAUCGAGAGAAAAUACAGCCAAAGGAGCUGUUGUUUCUGAUGAAGAGUCUAAGAUAUGUAAUAUUGAACGGAGGUUAUCCGAGGAUAAACGUUUUUGAACAAACCCACUUUGGGUUGUAAGUCUCGAGACGGGACAACAACCUUUUGGAAAACAGUUGCAUUUCUGUGUUUAUCACUGUGAGAACACUGGGUGGCAUCCUUACCUUUAUUUUAUAAAAGUGAAAUCAGUGCCGUAUUUACAUCUCCCAAAUGAACCUUUGUGAACGGCUUUGUAAGAGCCAUAGUGGACCUAGUUGAUAAAAAAAGAAAACAAUAGACCUCAGGAGGAAUACUGUCCCAGCCAGGUGAUUUGCUUUAAUUAAUAUCCAAUGCUCUUUUUAGUUAAUUUAGAGAGAUUUGGGAUCCCAGCGAGGGGCUUCCUCUUUUGAGAUAGGAGGAGUUCUUAUUAAUUAUUUUAAAUCUCAUACACCGUUACAGUAGGAUUGUCAAACAUUUGCCUGCCGACAGUACUUGCCGACAGCACCUCUGAACAGAGUGUUGGAAGUCAAUCUCUUUUGUGUUCACACAGCAAAGAUCUUGGAAGUCGUCAGCCACUCUUGUUAAAAUACUUCAAACGAGAAAGUGGCAGUAGCUUUGUUUUGCAGUGCAUAUCCGUGUGUAUUGCUUAUAGUCUAGAUUCCAAGCUAUCUGCGCUAAUGUUGCAAUUUUGUAGAAAGCCUUGUAUCAUUAGCUUGAUGGCCACAACUAAAUAACUACCUAGCAAAGAUAACAAAGAAACUAUUUCAUUAACUGUCCAUAACCCCAUACUACCAGUGCCAGCACAGAGUCAAAUGUUUAGCUAGCCACGUUAGCAUUUUCACUAGCAAGCGCAACAUAUUAAUCCAUUGUGAUUGAAUUAUAAUAUAAAUUCAGUGGUUAGCUAGCUUGGAGGAAGUAUUUUGUGUUGUGCGCAUUGCGUCUGUGCACAUACCAUCCCAUUGCAUAUGAAGUGUGACUGGCUUAUCUGUGCUUGUAGCCUACGAAGAAAAUGACAUUAAAAAAAGUUUUUAAAUUGUUGGCUCCCCCACAAUGAAGUUAGUGCUCUCAAGCGUUGCAAGUAGAAUCGGUAGGUUCGUCACUGCCGGUUUGGCACCCAGCAGGCACCGCUUUUGUUCUAACAAGAGAAGGACUGUUUCCCACUGUGAUAAGAAUCUAUCAGCAGUCAGCAGUGAGAUUCUCUGUGUGUUUCAUACUUUAUAAAGGACUUAGUCUGGAUUGGUGUGGACUUACAAUCAAAAUUGUACAGUUCUUUAUAUAAGCGGGAGGAUCUUUAUUGAUAAAUGUUUUGUUCUGAUAGUAAUUCCCCUGUUUCAGAUUCAAUAAUUGCUAUAUCAGCUAAUUGAUCAUUACGGCAUAGCUUGUUGGCCAGUAAACAACUAGGACAAUUACCAUGGACGAAAUGGUUGAGUCUAGCUCGAUGGAUGGCAAAUUCUGCUCUCUGUCUUAUCAAUGAAUUAAGUUCUGUCUUGACUUUGGAAAGAAUAAUAGCUACCUGGUCUGUAAAGAGUGUUUGCUGAGAACGCAGUUAACAAUAUUUCCAAUUCUGAAAUCUUCUUAAAUUGUGAUGUAUUCAACCGAGAUACAAAUGCGGUUGCAUAAUUUUUUAUAAAACCUUUGGUAGCAUCCCAAAGAAUCUGGGGGUUAUUGACUGAAUUUUUGUUAAUCAUUGUCAUUCAGUUUUAAAUUGUUCACAGAGGAGGAUUUUGUAGUAAGAAAGCGCCAUCUUGUGGCUCUUUUAGGACAUUCUGAAAUGUUUAACUUGCAGUAGUAAAGCAUGAUGAUCAGUUAGGCUCAUAUGUCAAAUUUGUAAUUUCUUGAUUCAAGAAAAUAGAGGAGUGGCUAAUAGUACGAAAUCGAUUCUUACGGAUGUUUUGUGCCUGUCAGAAUGUUUUGGGGCUCCCAAGUGGCGCAGCGGUCAAAGGCAUUGCAUCUCAGUGCUAGAGGUGUCACUACAAACCUGGUUUGAUUCCAGGCUGUAUCACAACCGGCUGUGAUUGGGAGUCCCAUAGGUCGGUGCACAAUUGGCCCAGCGUUGUCCACGUUAGGGCUUGGCUGGGGUAGGCUGUCAUUGUAGCAGCUUUUCUAAGGACCGCCCCUUUGACGUGACAUAGCAAUGAGCUGAAUUUUCUGUAUUGUAAUGAUGCAGCCAACCACUGGAUAGAGCAAGAGAGGCGUAUAUUCAGAGAAGCCUCAGUGUCCUAUAACUGUCUUUUUUUGUUCUGACUUAUAAAAGGGUGGGAGAUUAAUAAAAUAAGUAAUGUAAACAUAUUAUCAGUAAUUACCAGUGCCAAAAAUGGGCACUGUAGUCUUCCAAGGGGCUAUUAAAAGGCGUCUGGGUCGACCCAUCAGUAAGCUGUCAUGUCAUCUCUCUCUCUUCCCCCUCCUUUUAUCUCUCUGCCUCCCUCUCAGCUGAUAGAGCUUAUUGAGGCCAAAUAGGCUUAGGAGCAUCGCUAUGGCAACAGGGAGUUGCCAAAGAGGCUUAAGAGGCUUCACCAAGCACCUCAUCAGGAGCUGUGAUCCGCUGUUUCCCUUUGAGACAGUGCCCCCAACCUCCUGGAACAAGAAACAACAGGCCAGGCCUCCCGGGGGUGUGUGUGUGUGUGUGUGUGUGUGUGUGUGUGUGUGUGUGUGUGUGUGUGUGUGUGUGUGUGUGUGUGUGUGUGUGUGUGUGUGUGUGUGUGUGUGUGUGUGUGUGUGUGUGAGAGAAAGGGGUGGGGGUUACUGUAUAAGACCGGUUAAGAGUGUGUGUGCUCAGAUAAUCCCCCUCCUGCUUGUGAAGUAUCAGAGUCCCGUGCGACCGACAGAAAUACGUCUUUCACUAACAUCUCUCUCUGUCUCUACAUCCGUCUUUUGGUCCAAGGGCUUAUCAUAUAUUCACUCCACUGUGAAUUCACUUCCUGCUAUAGGUCCCGAGACUAACAAGAGUUAAGCACAGGGUAAAAGGGGGACAAGGCAACAGCGGUGAUGGCCUCGUGGUUCGGUUGGAGCAGCGAGCCGGACUACCGGAGUCCACGGCGGGACCCAUCUUACGUUGUCACAGACACCCUGAUGCUGGAGCUCAGCUGGCAGCUGAAGGAGGCAGAGAGGACGCAGCGUGAGAGGGACAACGAGUAUCGGCGCCUUCAGACAGGCGUGGACUACACCUGGCUGGUCAACACGCCACGCAACACCUACAAUGUGUCGGCUGGCGAGAGGCUGGGCCUGGAGGACCUGUGCUCCAAGGUGCAUCCGUCCUACUGUGGAACUGUCAUACUGAGGUUCCGCCAGGUGGUGACUGAGAACGAGCCAGAGAUGCAGGAGGUGUCGGCCCUUUUCCGCUCUGUCAUCCUCGAGGCCCUGGACCGCCUGAGGGAGGAGCAGGAGGCACAGCGGCUCUCGCGCCAGUGGAACAACAAGCGGGCCAUGAGCAUGUCUCUCAUGAACUUCAAGUCGCGCAUCAAAAUUAACCCCUUUGGCAGCACAGUGGGCCUGACCUCGACCAGGGGGGAGGGCGAGCUGAAGACGGUGUCGGAAGACGUGGAGAAGGCACUGGAAGAGAGGGCUGACAGGGCCCAGAGGGUUAGGAGCAUGCCUCACUUCAGACACAAAGGGCUUUACACUACCAAGGCCAUCUGAGCUGGGGAUCCACAAGACAGUGUUGUGGUUCAGUGGGGGAUGGAGAGAAGCUAGUGAGAUGUAGCCUAUAAUAAUCCCCCCGGAACCUGCCCAGUCUGCUUUGCACAAGAAUGGGGAGAAAUAGGAGACAUCUCUCCCAUCCUCUCUUUUGGCAGUAUGGGGUGAUCCCUAUUGAAUGCUUUUGACUGGGGAGCUAUGCUUAGAAUAUUUCACAAUGAGAUUGUCAGACACCUUAUUUGCUGUACUGUUUUUGAAAUCUUUGUCUUGUAAAUUAUAGAUUUUCAGUGCCUUUUCAACUUAAUACUUGGUAACUAUUUAUACUUAAAACAAAUUAACCAAUGAUACUUACAUUAAAAGCAAUUAACAAGAAGCUCUGUGACAUUUUUAGAACUGUAAAAGGGAAGUGAUGCUUUAGACCAUUUUAUAGCAAAAAAAAAUCAAAUAAUAAUCACUGACUUCUCUAUUACACUAUGAAAUUGUAUCGAUCUUCUAAUUCUUUACAGUUGGAAUACAGCGCAUCUUGAUUCA